AUGGGUGCAGGAGCAAGUGCUGAGGACAAAAAGUCCAAAGAGCUGGAAAAACAACUCCAAGAAGAUGCUGAUAAGGACGCUAAAACUGUCAAGCUAUUACUGCUUGGGGCUGGUGAGUCAGGGAAAAGCACAAUUGUAAAACAAAUGAAGAUUCUGCAUCAAGGUGGUUACACAAAAGAGGAACAAAUGGCAUUUAAAACAAUCAUCUUUGGCAACAUCCUGCAGUCUGCUCUGGCUAUCAUCAGAGGCAUGGAGAUGCUGGGCAUUGAUUUUGGCUCACCCUCUGCACAGGAGGAUGCACAGAAGCUGCAAAACUUGUCAGACUCCAUUGAGGAAGGCACAAUGCCUCCUGAGCUGGCUGAUGUCAUCAAGAAAUUGUGGAAAGACCCCGGUGUGCAGAAUGGCUAUGAAAGAGCUGCUGAGUACCAACUGAAUGACUCUGCUGGCUAUUAUCUCAAUGAAAUGGACAGAAUCUGCAAGCCAGACUAUCUCCCCACUGAGCAGGAUGUGCUGCGAUCUCGAGUCAAAACAACUGGUAUCAUUGAAGAACAGUUCUCCUGCAAAGAGUUGCACUUCAGGAUGUUUGACGUGGGAGGUCAGAGGUCAGAAAGAAAGAAGUGGAUCCAUUGUUUUGAGGGUGUGACCUGUAUCAUCUUUUGUGGAGCUCUCAGUGCAUACGACAUGGUGCUUGUAGAGGAUGAAGAAGUGAACCGCAUGCACGAGUCUCUCCAUCUAUUCAACAGCAUCUGCAACCACAGAUUCUUCGCACUGACCUCCAUUGUGCUUUUCCUCAAUAAGAAAGAUCUCUUUGAAGAGAAGAUCAAAAAGGUCCAUCUGAGCAUUUGCUUCCCAGAAUAUGAUGGCUCAAACACAUACGAGGAUGCCAGCGGCUACAUCAAGACACAGUUCUUGGACCUGAACAUGAAAAAAGGUGUGAAAGAAAUCUACUCCCACAUGACCUGUGCCACAGAUACAAGGAAUGUUGAGAUUGUGUUCAACGCUGUGACAGACAUCAUUAUCAAAGAAAACCUUAAAGACUGUGGUCUGUUCUAAGCAGCUCCAGAGAGAAGAGAACCUCGUUUCCUACCUUAACCCUUCACAUACUGGCAUUAACUGAGAAGUGUACUGAUGGAGCA